AUUGAACUACUGUUGAGUACAUUUUUUGACAACAGUGCUGACUUCUGUUUUUAUUUUGAGCUCCUGUGAGAACAGCACCCCUGCAAGGACAACCUCUACCCCCAGACUAUGGACCACCCCCUUACGAGGGCCCGCACCCAGGGUUCCUCCCUCCACAUGUUCCUGGAGAGGGGCCCAUGCCCCCACCCACCCCAAGACCGAGAGGGCUUAUCAAAAACAGCCCACCAUCUUCCAGAACAAAAAACGUGUUCUGGUAGCAGAUGGUGGCAAGGAAAGAAAAGAUCCCCCGUUACCACAAAAGUGUCGGGCUGGGUUUUAAAACCCCAAGAGAGGCUAUAGAUGGCACUUACAUUGAUAAGAAAUGCCCUUUCACCGGGAAUGUCUCAAUCCGUGGCCGAAUCCUUUCUGGUGUGGUGACCAAAAUGAAGAUGCAGAGGACCAUCGUGAUCAGACGCGACUACCUGCAUUACAUCCGCAAGUACAACCGCUUUGAGAAGAGGCACAAGAACCUGUCUGUGCAUUUGUCACCAUGCUUUAGGGACGUCACUGUCGGCGACAUUGUGACCGUAGAGUGUCGACCGCUGAGCAAAACCGUGAGGUUCAAUGUCCUCAAAGUGACCAAGGCUGCUGGAGCCAAGAAGCAGUUCCAGAAGUUUUAGCUACACCAUGGAAACAAGGUGGCUUUCCAAUAAAUGAAACCCGUUUAAAAUCA